AUGUCGCCCAACAAAAACUACCACACCUCGAAACCAGAGGUGGAUUCUGCAAUUGACCGCGACGCCCCGGAGCAUCCGGUAGCCCAGCUUUUGGAUGAAGACGACUACUUCCAUUCGCACUCGGCCCCCUCCUAUUUGGCCGAGGUCGAGGACCUGGUCUCUCAGUUUGUAGACCACCACAUGGCCACCGGCAAGCGAGUCGUGUUGGUGACUAGUGGAGGAACCACGGUGCCUUUGGAAAAUAACACUGUGCGGUUCAUUGACAACUUUUCUGCCGGCACGAGGGGUGCCACCUCUGCCGAGUACUUCUUAGAAAACGGUUAUGCGGUGAUCUUCUUGCACCGAGAGUUCUCUCUUUUGCCCUACUCGAGGCAUUACAGCCACACGACAAACUGCUUCUUGGACUACAUGGUUGAGAAAGACAACAAGGUGGAAAUCAAUCCGGAGUUGGCCGACGAGAUGCUCGUCGUGUUGCGCAAGUACAACGAGGCCAAGAGCUCGCGGUCGCUUCUCCCCAUUCCUUUCACCACCGUGAACCAGUACCUCUACACUUUGCGCUCGGUUUCUGAGAUCUUGAAGAGAAUCGACUGCAAGGCCUUGUUCUAUCUAGCUGCGGCGGUUUCGGACUUCUUCUUACCUUCCUCGAGGUUGCCAAAGCACAAGAUCCAGGCGCAGCCCAGUGGAAAGUUGGUCGUGGACUUGGAGGCCGUGCCAAAGUUCCUCAGGCGCUUGGUGGACAGCUGGGCCCCGCAGGCAAUGAUCGUGUCGUUCAAGCUUGAAACUGACAACUCCAUUUUGAUUCAAAAGGCGAGUGAAGCCUUGCGUAGAUACCACCACCAAUUGGUCAUUGGUAACUUGUUGCAGACCCGCAAGAAAGAGGUCGUCUUCGUGACGCCCGAUGGCAAAGAGAACUGGGUGCGUUUGACCCAGCAUGAGAUCGACGAGCAUGCCGAAAUUGAGAGUCUCGUCAUCCCUUCUGUUAUUCUGGAGCACGAAAAAUGGAUAGUCAAGUGGAAUGCGGCGAAGGGUGACUCCAGGUGA